AGAGCAAUUGUGUCACGUGACCGGUCAGUGUGCAGAAGACAUGGCGGACAAAGAGGAGGCUGAGAAGACAAUCGCCGAGGACUUGGUUGUCACCAAGUAUAAGAUGGCCGGCGAUAUAGUAAACCGAGUCCUGAAGCAGGUCUUGGAAAAAUGUGUCGUUGGCGCAUCUGUUAGAGAGAUAUGCGAGUACGGAGAUAAGCUGUUGACGGAAGAGACUGGAAAAACUUUCAAAAAGGAAAAGGAAUUGAAGAAGGGUAUAGCUUUUCCCACUUGCGUUUCCGUGAACAAUUGCAUUUGCCAUUUCUCACCUGUACCGAGUGAGCCUGAUCUGACUCUGAAAGCAGACGACAUGGUUAAAGUAGACCUUGGUGCACACAUAGAUGGCUUCAUAGCCGUAGUUGCACACACCGUUGUAAUUGGUUCCUCGGCAGAAAAUAAAGUAACUGGUAGAAAGGCUGACGUAGUGCUAGCUGCGCACUAUGCUUCGCAAGCUGCGUUACGACUUCUUAAACCAGGCACUGAGACCUAUACGAUCACAGGAACAGUGGAAAAAAUUUGCGGGGCGUACAAAUGCAAGCCUAUUGAGGGGAUGCUUAGCCAUCAACUAAAACAAUUCAAAAUUGACGGAGAGAAGACGAUUAUUCAAAAUCCAAAUGACGCUCAGAAGAAAGAACACGAAAAGUUUACUCUCGAUACACACGAGGUGUACGCAAUGGAUGUAUUGGUAAGCACAGGCGAUGGAGUUGGACGGGAACAAGAUACUAGAGUAACCAUAUACAAAAAGACGGAAGAAACUUAUCAGCUGAAACUGAAAGCCUCUCGUAUGUUUUAUUCGGAACUGUCGCACAAGCACGGACUCAUGCCAUUUAACCUGCGCACUUUUGAAGAUGAGAAGAAAGCCAAGAUGGCUGUGGUCGAAUGUGUCAAUCACAGAUUGAUUGAACCAUUCCAGGUUUUGUAUGAAAAACCAACCGAGCAUGUAGCACAAUUCAAGUUUACAGUGCUGUUAAUGCCGAACGGACCUCACAAAAUAACGGGAAUUCCUUGUGAUCUUGAGAUUUUUCAUUCCGAAUGUGUCGUUGAAGACCCUGAGCUUAAGUCUCUUUUGAACUCUUCGGCGAAUCCCAAGUCUGCAAAGAAGAAGAAAAAGAAGGCCGAAAAAGCCGUUGGUGAAGUGGCUAUGGAAGUGGAUGCCAAGGCCUAACGUCAAUUUUAUUCACAUCCAUGACUUACUGAAAUCGUGCACCCUCCUCCCAUAUUUUAGUUAAAGAAACAAAUACUACUAAAAGUAAAACUGGACACUUUCUAGUAAUCAUAUUCUAAAUGUAAAAAGCGAAUUGUUAGGAACACCUUUAAUAAUAGGAUGUGAACACUGCCGACGUACAUACCAGAAAUUCGUUAUACCUUCUCAUCCAUUGAAAAAUUCCAAGCUAUUAUUGUUCUUUAACUACAACAUAUUGCGUAUCAUCAAAAAUGGAUUGACAGAUCAUUGAGGUACUCAUCUAAUAUUAAUUUUGCAUUUUCACUGCAGGCGUGUAAGUAUCGUGUGUUACUUUACCGUGUAUCAUUUCACCCAUGCAUUUAUUCCUGUUUAUCAAUGCCUACCUAUGAUUUUACAUUUAGCUUGAUAACAUUUAGUUGGAACAUCGUAGCUUUCUCACAUGCUUGAAGUUGGACAUUCCGCUAAAAUUAGCUGCCCACAUUUAGCUUCAUUUCAAUACAUUCAAUUUUUGACCAAAUUUUAGUCAUGCUAUAUGUAAUCUCCUAUACUUUAUUUCGUAUGGUAGAAAACCCGGUGUAUCUUCUACGAAUGUAUUUCUGCCAUUUGUAUGGGAUAAUUAAUAAUUAAUUGUUUGAAAACGUUUAAUCCAGCAGUUUGACAUUCAUCAAAUUCACGUCCUUCAUCUAGCAGUGAAAACAAUGUCAUGCAAAAUCUAUUAAUCGUAAAAUUUCGCAGAGAAAUCAAGUUUUAUUUUUACUCUGCUCUUUUUUACAAUUCGAGAAACAAUUUUUCCGAAAAAUAGACGAGAAAAAGAAAAUUCCUUGUCGCUGUAAACAAGUGUUUGGGGGGGCAUCCGAAUUACCAAGAAAAAUAUGAAAUUUAUGAAAUAUUAAUAUUAUGUAAUAACUAAUAGUUUUAUAUAAGGAUGAUAGAUAAUGUAUCUAUGUUAUAGAUAUUUUUUCUACUCGAGUUAUGCAUAUUGUCGGAUGUUAACGAGUGUACUUGUGAAACCAAAUUGUCUUGAGCUGAUGUGCACGGUCCUUCCUCAGCUUGAAUUUUUUCAAAACUAAUCAUGUGGUCAGCUUGUCAUUUCUAAUUUUGGUUUAUUCUUUAACAUGCUUAGAGCCGUAAUUUGAAGACGUUGAAAAAAAAGUUACUUCAUCUGACUACAAAUUGAACUUGAAGCCAUUCUGUAUUCAUAACUAUGGAUCUUUGUCACAUUUAUGCUUGAAGGGAUGCGGAAACCUGCAAUACCUGUCAUUUGAAAACUUUUUUAGUUUUGCUUCUCAAGGAAAAUUACAAAAAUUCGUUACUAACAAUUACAGGCCACACGUUUAACUAUUCGAUAAUUUGACUCACAAAUAAAUUUUACUACUAUUAGUAAUCUAUAAAA